GUUUCAGGAAGUUAAAAAGUGGAGACGCUUUAGCUUUUUACUAGCAAUCAACACGUCUUUUUGUUUUAUUUGAGAGUUAGACAUGCGUGCAGAUAUGGCUGUGGACUGGUUUGGUUAUGGUUAUGCAGCUCUAAUAACGAUAGGAGGGAUUGUUGGUUAUGUUAAAGCAGGUAGUGUUAUCUCUCUGGUUGCUGGGCUGAUGUUUGGCAUUGCAGCAUUUGUUGGUGCUUAUCAGAUGUCAAAGAAUGACAAGGAUAUCUGGGUUUCACUGGGCACCUCUGGAUCACUGACUGCUUUAAUGGGAGUGAGAUUUUUGAGUUCAUGGAAGAUUAUGCCAGCUGGACUCAUGGCAGGAGCGAGUUUGUUGAUGUUCCUGAGGAUUGGUGUGAAAGUGCUACAGAAUUCACAAAAGAAGAAACGAUGACACCAUUCAGAAACUGUACUUGCAGAUCCUGCGGAGAUGCACUGACAGAUAUAUAUAUACUGACAUGUAUAGACAUUUUAUACAAGUUGUAUGAAGAAGACAACAAAAUUCAGUUUAGGGUCAUAUGGAGGUGCCUUCAUAACUGUAGAUGAACAAAUGAAAGCAAAUAAAAUGUAUUACUUUAUUGAGAUUCAAAUAGUUGUUGAUUUAUGUACGCUACAUAUUUACACAUUACAGAUGAUAUCCAUAUUCACCAUCUGGUGUAAUUGGUAAUUCCUCAAAAAUAUUUAGUAAUAUCAGGUACAGAUCUGUAACUCUUAUCUAAAAGUUUUAUAACCAAAGACAUCAUUAAUACAGCGUAUUGUUAGUCACAGACUGAGAUGUAUUUACUUUGACCUAUAGAGGGCCCAAAAUCUUUAAAUAAAACCAGUAUUUUUAUUAUUAUUGUUCUUUUUAAAGCAUAUAAAGAUGUAUCAUAUUUGACACUUUUUUAUUAAAACAUAUUCUCACUACAAAUCACA